AGUCAUGUGGUGCUUGCUUCUGUUAUUAUGAAUGCCGACUCCCGCCCCCUUCGGCGCCCUCGCCUUGGAUUCUCGUCGACUGCUUGUUCAAACUUCAAAUUGCAAAAUUGUAGCCGCUGGUUGCUCUCCUUACAGCAUCUUCUUUGAAAAACUUACUCGAUCAACUUAACUCAAGCUCUUAUUCCAAUAUCAGCAAUCAGCAUUGUUCACCUGGUGUGAACGCUUGUUGAGUUUCGGUCGCGUAUUAUCUACAAACGAAGCAAUCGUUUUCUAAUCAUCGAAUUGAUGGAUGCUAUUAAAAUCCAUCGGCUUUUCUUCUCGGUCGUCGUUUCCUAUCAUUUCUCAGCUUCCUAUACCUAAUGCGAAAACGCCCUCCUACCUAAGAUCAACCCUGUUGGCGAUCUUAAGCGACGGCCUGCCCAAUCUUCUUGCAACAACGGAUCGAUCCGAAAACCUUGUUGGACGCUUCAGGUCCUCAAAGGGUCCGAUAGGGCUGCAUCAGUGCUAAUCAAGGGUGCAUUCACCACUGCAGGAACAAGUUCGUUAGCGGCAGCACCAUUAAUAUGUCGUCGUCAGUGGCGGUCGCGACUGCCCCAUUGCAAUUUCAUGACUACUUGCAAUUCCCAAUCAAUGAUACAAAAUCACCAAUACCGGACUUCUCAGAACAUAGAAAUUUACGCGGGAAAAGUGUGUGUGCUGAAUCUCGAAAAACAUUUGAGGUUUAUGCCGACCCGCCAUCAGAAGGGGCUCAUCUUGCGGAGGGGGAUUGCUAUCCACGACUUGACUCACCAACAUUAGUCCCGCGAAGCGUUCAACGCCGGUCCAAGAGUGUGACUUCGUUAUUAGCUCUAUCUCGCCAACGAAAAUUUAUUGAGCCGGUGGUCCCAGCGCUGCCGUCCCCCUCAGUCUCGGUUUCAGUUGGCAAUCGUGGAGUCGAAUUCUUGAAAGGUCUCGCGGAGAGUGUUACAGGGGUCAUUGGUAGCCUCUCUCCACGAAUUGCGGCCAGCGCUGAUAAUGACAAUGAGCCCAAUAGGCACCGUCAGGAUUCGUUGUGUUCUGUGCCUUCGAUCAUUCGCUCCCCGGUUCCGCCAGUAUUGGUGUCGCCGUGUGUACAAAGCUUCGCUGGCGCAUCAGGCAAUUUAAACUCAGCUUCAGCAGAGUCUCAGACCGCGCCGUCGCCCGCUGUCCCGCCCGGCCCCAGUAGCCCCCUGGCAAGCCCGUUAUAUGUUCUAAAGCCUAAAACUACGAACAUCCCACCAUUCCUUUCGAACUUAGCUUCGAAACCUCUACCUCUACGAUCACCAAAUUUGAACCAAGAAUUCUCCCGCAGCACUGCGCAUCUUACUGGUCGUGACCGCAGCCGCAGCCGCAGUCGAAGUCGCAGCCACAGUCGUCCCCGAGGCCCAGACUUAUUCAAACCCCUUCCACCGACAUAUGCCUUUGAUCUGCCAGCUCCAGAAUCACCUAUACUUCGUACCGUGCCAUCUGCGAGCGAUAUUGCCAGAUUCAAACGUCGCAAUCAACACGCCUUGCGAAUCAAUACUGAAACUGCUGAACGCGCUGCAAAGAUCGAACGAGAGGACCUUGAGCGCGAGGAAGACGAGUCUGAACGCCUAGCCAACAUAGUUGCCCGUCUUGAAGCUGAGACUGAUCGUAUCCUCGCCGAGCAGAAGAAACGCGACCUAGCCCGCCGCCGGGCGCCACUGCCGACUCCGUCCCCUAAAUUUCCACGGUUUCUUGUUCUUGACAAGUUUUCAUUUCUCUAUCGCACUCGGCGAUCGAAUGCUCUGACAAGCCAAGCCGGGACGCCAAGCCCAGGGGCACCAACUGUCUUUUCUCUUGAUCUCAGCCGGUCUACCAGUCCUGACGAAUCUUCAUCACCAGGAAAAAUGAGUUUCAUAGAACAAGGUGGUAAAGGUAUCGUGCCAGGCACUGACGCCCCAACUUCGGCCAGCAAUGGAGGUGAGAGACGCGUGUGCGUACGAUGCCUAUCAUCAGUCAUCAAUCUUCCUGUCAACACUGAUACCUCUCCUGUUGAUAUCCUCUACUCGACCGCCAACCUGACCAGCCAUGAUAUCGAUCCCAAGGCCAGCGUACUGAUCGAAUGCUAUGUUGAACUGGGUCUCGAACGGCGCCUUCGCCGUUACGAAAGAAUUCGUGACGUUAUGAAUUCUUGGGAUCGUGACCAGCAGAACUCUCUUCUUGUUGUCACCAAUGAUAUCUCACAAACCGAUGAUCCUGAUCUCGAUAUGAAGUCUGUGCCACGAACACCAAACCCUCCCCCAGGCUUCACGCUGCAAAUGUACCACUCUUCCAGGCCAGGCAAAUGGAACAAGCGAUGGAUCACCUUGCUGGAAUCCGGUCAGAUGUUUGCUUCCAAGAAGCCUGAUUCAAAGGCUUCGGACAAAGAUAGUACUGUCCUGUGUCAUUUAUCAGAUUUUGACAUCUAUACCCCAAGAGAGAGUGAGGCCAGGCGUCAUCUAAAAGCCCCCCGGCGCUUUUGCUAUGCUGUUAAGAGCCAACAGAAGACGUUCGUUUUCCCAAAUGGCGAGAAUUUUGUUCAUUUCUUCUGCGCUGAAGACGGAAAACUUGCCAGGCGUUUUCUUGAACUUGUGCAACGUUGGCGAAGCUGGUAUCUGGUCAAUAAGCAGGUUGACUUCGGGAAGAAGGACAAGCCUCCACAACUUGCCAUGCCUCUAGAAAACGACACGGUUCGCAAAGCCAUUUCCAGAUCGAAGAGUUCUGCCGCAUAUAAAGGGCAUAGUACGCAGGUUUCCGUUGACGAGACGCCAUACACCAUCGGCGCUUUCCAGCCACUUCUUGAUAUGGACCGCUUUGAUAAACCCCUGGAGGAGUUCGGCAAAGAUCCAGAACAGGACAAACAAAAACAUGGGGAUCCCGAUACUGAGUUUAGAAGUGGACUCGUCCGGAACGCGACCUGCAAACAGCCAAACGUCUUAACAAAGUCUAAAUCAAUACAUCAAAAGCAUAGAUCACCGCCAACGCCUCGGGAUGAGGCGCAAUUCUCUUCUACGGGGCUUUUGGGUCAAGUAUAUGAAGAGAAACGCAAGAUAGCUGAACGGGCGCCUGUCAUCAGCCCCCCUCCCACCAACGCGGCUUUCACAAAAGGAGCCUCGCUCUUGGGUCAAGAUUAUGAGCAAAAGCGCAAGAUUUCUGAGCGAUCGCCUGUCAACAACAGUGUUCCUUCAACGAAUGCCGGUUUCACAGAGGGUCCUUCACUUCUCAACGGUGGUGUUGUCUCGCCAACGUCUCCUAAUGAGAGUAUGGCAGAUUCAAAAUCAUGGUUUCCUUUGGGAACAGAUCAGUCUUCUCAGCCACGCUACCGUAGCCGAUCUGUCCGAGAUUCCAACAGGCGUCCUACCACGUCUGAGAAGGUCCCAGAUAUGCCCCAGCCGCUAGUCAAUCUUACCAACAGCUUCCCUGAGCCGCCUCGCUGGCGCGAGAAUAAGGGUCAUGGUAUAAAAGCACCAGCCGGCGGUCCCUUAAUCAGUCUCGCUACCGGGGGAUCGACAAACAAUUCAUUCAAAACUCGGAGUGCCUCUGGUCUUGUUGGGCAGUCUCGACCUCUGACCUCUUCGUCUAUGACGGUUGGUAGCCGUCCUCGGAGUCGGUCUAUUGCAGGAACUCAACAAUCGCCUAGCCAUGCUCCUCCUGUUCCUCCUUUGCCAAUCCGAUCGUUACGUCGAGAGAACACUGCACCGCUCGAACAGUCUCGUGGCCGUGAUCCUCGUCCGCGAGAGCCGUUGAUCAAUCGAGCCGGGACGACGGGCUCCUCAUCAAGGAAUUAAACAGAGGCCGGAACCUUACUUCCUUUCGCAAACGACGAGUUAUUAAAGAUGAUAUCAAAGGAUUAUGCAGUCAUGUCCAUCAUGUCCAAAGAACAAACGUCCCUCAAUCAUGACUUUGUGGCCUUCUUGACGAAUCAGAAUAUUUCAUAGUACCGGUUUGAGUGAAUAGAAGUGGAAGCGCUAAAAGGGAAAGUAGUGCCGGGUUCGGGCAGGGGCUUGCGAGUUAUGUCUGAUUAUGCCACAUUGUGUUCCUUUUUUGGCGUUUUCCCAGAGUUUUUGUUUUGCAUGCCUUGUUUCUUGAUCUUCUAUAUAUCCAAGAGCAGAAGCUCAUAUUGGUACAAGAUGGCGGGUUCCAUCCUUACCUUGAAGAGUGGGUUCACCAUACGUUUAUGAUAUCAGCUUUCUUCUUCAUAUCUUCUUAAUCUGAUUACUGGGUUCAUCGUACGGGCCGCUGGUCUAUACGGAGGUGACACAUCUGCCACUUUCGAAUUGGAAGCAACCUUUGGAAUUUGGUCGUCUAUCGUACCCUUUCUUUUGCACCAAUGUAUGGAUAUGAUUCAAUUCAGAGCUUUUAAUUUACUUGCUGCGCUUGUAGAUCUUGGCAAGGAAGGCCUCGAAAACAGUUUUCUUGAGACCAUCGUUCUCAUCGAUGUUAGCAAUGCGCUCACGAAUCUGGCCGACAACCUUUUCCUCAUAGUCAAGAUAACGCUGCUCGAGAUUGAGGUCAUCGUAAAGCUUUUUGACGACCUUCUCCUUGUCAUCGUCCUUACGGCCAUAGUUUUCCUCAAGAAUCUUUCGCUGCUCAGGGGUUGCUACGGCUAGGGCCUGGUUGACGAGCCAAGAGCACUUGUUAUCUUUGAUGUCAGUGCCGAUCUUGCCUAUAUGCUCAGGCUUGCCGAAGUUGUCAAGAUAAUCAUCUUGAAUUUGGAAGUACUCCCCGAGAGGAAUGAGGAUAUCCUCAGCUUGCUUGAGAUUGCUGGGAGUGGCGAGGUUGAGCUGGUGAAGGGCGAGGGCGACGGGAAGGUAGAAUGAGUAAUAGGCGGUCUUAUAAAUGACGAUGAAACUAUACUUCUCAAGAGAGAAGUUGUCGAGGUUGACAUUGUCUUCAGGAGCGGUGAGGAGGUCGCACAGCUGGCCGAGCUCGGUCUGAAAGGUGGUCUCGUGGAAAAGCUCGAUAAGAUCGACGUAGGCGGGGUGAGAGCGGAAGUACUUCUUGAGAAGUGUGUAAAUGGCGGAUUCAAGCAUGAAAGCGUCGUUGAUAGCUAUCAUGCCAACACCCUCCUGACGAUACCAACAGGGCUGGCCACGGCGGGUAAUGCUCGAAUCCAUGAUGUCGUCGGAGACGAGAAAGAAGGCCUGAAGGAGCUCUGUCAUCCAGCCAAGCGUAGCAGCUUGGAAGUACUGCUCUUCGGUAAGAGGCUUCUCGAGGAGGAGGGAGACCGAGUCGGGGACGGACAUGCCGCGGUUGCAUUUUCCACCGAGAGGGUUGACUUCGAGAGACUAUGAAGCAAUGUGUCAGUCCAAAUUAGAACUCGAUCGAUACUGAUGAACAGCUUUCAUUUUAUCCUUACUCUUUUGUACCAGUCGAGCUGCUCUUGAGGCAGCUUGUAGGAGCGGGCAUGGUCGAGAAGAGCCUCCUCAAGCUUGGGGUAAACGGAGUUGAACUCCUCAAGGGUGGUUUGUUGAGCCAUCUUUGCUGAAUUGUGUCAAGUGAACUACGUGUGCGCGCUUGAAAGGAAAAGUAACUUGGAGAGUCCUUCUUUGGAAAGGAGACGAAGAAGAAAAAUGAAACUCAGAAGUGAGAAUGACAAACUGAUCUCCAGAACAUGUACGAUAAUUACCGGG